CACUGUAACACUACGAUUAAAACAUUUCGAAGAUCCACCAAGUUCAGUGCGAUAAAGCAUGACGCUCACAUCACUCGAUAACAUUCUUAAAAUUAAGUCAAAAUGUCUGGGAGUAUAACUGAAAAAAGUGGCAGCUUCCAAGAAAAUAAAAAUGAUAAAGGUGGUGACUGGUACCAGAUCCUUGCUAUUUUUUUAUCGUGCAUAUCAGCCUUUAACUCCGGCUUGCUAUUCUCAUGGUCGUCACCAUCGAUUCCAAAGAUAUCUGAAGAUAAAGUGAAUUACGACAUUUCCUUAGACGAAGCGUCAUAUUUUACGGUUUUGCCUCCGAUAGGUGCCAUUUGUUCCUCGUUUUUAUUUUCCAAACUUACUGACCAAAUCGGCCGAAAACACACUCUAAUCCUGAUUGCAAUUCCCCACAUUGUUGCUUUGGUGCUAAUAUCAGUCGCACAAUCAGUUUACAUUUUCUACAUCGCUCGCUUUGUCACCGGGAUAGGAGACGCUUGUCUUUUCGCGUCUUUGCCGAUCUAUGUCGCCGAAAUCACAACGCCCAAAGUUCGGGGCACUUGGGGCAACUUUAUGACAUUUUUGAUUUACAUCGGACAAUUAACGAUAAAUGUAGUGGGCAGUUACACUUCGGUGGUGAUGACCGCGUACAUUUGUCUGAUUUUUCCCGUGUUUUUCCUUUGCACUUUCAUUUUCAUGCCGGAAACGCCCUAUUACUACUUGAUCAAAAACCGGACUGAGGACGCAAGGCUUUCGCUGCGAAAACUGCGAAGAAAACAGGACGUGGAAGAGGAACUGAAUAAACUCAAAGCUGAUGUUGCGCGACAAAUGUCCGAAUCGGCCACUUGGAGGGACGUUUUCACAAUUGUGAGUAACAGAAAAGCUGUCUAUGCUGGGGUUUUCCUCCGGGCGUCCCAACAACUCGGAGGAUACUCUUCGUUUUCAGUCUACACCCAGUACAUUUUCCUAAAAUCGGGUGGUGACGUGUCCGCAAGCACCUCUUCGAUCAUUUUUAUGGGCUUAUGUGCAGGUCUGAAUAUGUGUGCAGGAUUUACUCUCGAUAGAAUCGGUCGCAGAAGAUCCUACUUCUUGUCUUUGUUACUGUGCGGUUCUGUAUUGUUAUGUGAAGCUGUUUACUUUAUUCUUGAACAGUUUUAUGGAGAUCAGGUUGAUGUCCAAGUCGUGAAUUGGAUUCCUCUAGUUGGGAUGAUUUCAUAUGUGAUAUUUUACUCGUUUGGGCUUGGUAUUGUACCAACUCUCAUGUUGGGCGAACUUUUCUCAGCAAGUAUUAAAGGAAAAGGCUUGUUUGUGUUGAAUAUUGUUUUUGGUUUGUUGGUCAGUGGGUCAACAAAACUGUUCCAUAUUUUAGACACGUCGUUUGGUCUUUUUGCACCGUUUUUAUUUUUUUCGGUUAGUUGUUUCCUAUCGGCAAUUCUAUCGCUUUAUGUCGUACCAGAAACCAAAGGGAAAACACUUGAAGAGAUCCAGCAAUCACUUAAAGGCCACGGACAACAAGAAACACAACCGUGUUAAUUAAUAAUAAAGUUAUUUAUUUUUUCCAA